UCAUAACUGCACCUGUGUUACACUGUAUUGUGUGUGAGGCUACUUGCUGUGCCACACCUCACACCUACAACAUAUUUCCUCUGCAUUAUUUCGAUGAUUAACAAAACACACUAAGCAUGAUGAUGGACCCUAAUCAGUUUAAUGAUUUUAAGUAAAUAUGGCUUUAUUGCCUGUAACAAACUGUAAAAUUACUCUUCUGGGAAACAGGGCUGGGCUUGUCCUUGACUUCUGCUUACAUUUUUUCAAUAUUCCCCAUAUAAAUAAUGCAUUUAAUAUAUAUAACUUGCUUUGCAAGAAAGGCAAGUAAGACGAGGAGUUCAGAGGGAGAUUAAAUCCCUUCUCACAUUAUUGGAGGCUGUGGGGUUGCAACGCCUGAGGCACCUUGGUGGGGACGAAUUUUAUUAUUGACAUAAAAAACAGAACGAGUUACACAACAGUACUGAGGAGUAACAAAUCCCUACAGCACCUACAGCUGGAGGAAAACGCCACAUUCGUAAAUAUCUCCUUUUUAUUAAGGAACGCUGUACCUGUUACGGAAUCAUAUUCAAUAUUGUCUAGUAACAGGACGAGUCCCUUAUACGAGAUUCUGUAACGCAGCCUCUCUAAUCAUGUAUACCGGCUUCCCGCUUUACCCGUCAUACUGCGCUGGGCUCGCGGCGCCGACACGCGCUUCCUUCGGAGCUCUGGCCUCGCCGCCGUGGUUGUUGUUCUGCUUGGUUUCCGCCCCGCUCGCGGUGACGUCACCUGACGCACGAAGAUGUGCAGUGCGGGGCGGGGGAGGAAAAAGGGGGCGUUUCGUGAGCUUGUUAGGAAGGAGCGGCGCGCGGAACUUGGCGUGCUCGCGCCCAGCAUCUCCGAGCAGCCGUUUGCGCUGCACGUCCCGGUUUUUUAAAAAAAAAAAAAAAAAAAUUUCCCCUGUGUGUGAGCAGCACACGACGCGGCAACCGGGACUCGGAUACGAGCUUCCGCCUCUGUGUGCGCGGUGAGGCGGCAUGGCGGAGCGGAGCGCGCGGAGGGGAGCGCAUACACCACGACUGAGGGCAGCAGCGACUCGGGCCCCCGCAAGAAUACUAGACACGGCGGGACGCCCCCGUGACGCGCUUUAAACGCCUCUUCGGGUUUCCGCGUCACUUUGUCCUUGUUGCUGCGAGCGCGCGAGUGGCGGCUGCCCGGCUGCUGUGUGCGCGCGGCGGAGUUCAAGUCCUGGCUUUGCCCGAACCUCCAUGGGCAGCUGAGCGCUUCGCUCCCCGAGCGCCGGAACCAGUCCGAGUCCGUGGGCAGCGGCGGGAGCUCCAUGGGGGCCAAGCAGAGCAGCCCGGCCGCGAACGGGCGCACCCGCGCCUACUCGGGCUCCGACCUGCCGUCCGGCCCCUCGGCCACCAAUCUCGGCGGCGGCGGCGGUGCGGCUCCCGGGGCCCUGCGUUACGGUGCGUACGCCGGCGCCUCGGCGCGCGCAACCUCGGCUGCCGCCGGUGGCGCCCAGCACGGCGCCUCCAGCCGCUCGAGGUCCGAGGGACCGGGAGCCAGGCCGCAGUCGGCUAUCAACAUUCCGAACAGCAGCUCGCAGGAGUCCGGGGGAGGCGGCGGGAGCAGCCCGGAGGAAAGCGCCGCGGGGGACAGGGGCCGCUCGGUCGGUCAGCCUCGGCUCGUCAUCGGCUCGCUGCCCUCACACCUGUCGCCUCACCUGUUCGGAGGUUUUAAGUGCCCGGUGUGCUCCAAGUUUGUCUCCUCAGAUGAAAUGGACCUGCACCUAGUUAUGUGCUUGACCAAACCCAGAGUGACGUACAAUGAGGACAUCCUGACGAAGGACGCCGAGGAGUGCGCCAUUUGCCUGGAGCAGCUGGUACAGGGGGACACCAUUGCGCGCUUGCCUUGCCUCUGCAUUUACCACAAGGGCUGCAUAGACGAGUGGUUCGAGGUGAACAGGUCGUGUCCGGAGCAUCCUGCAGAUUAAAGACCUGGGAUUCUUUUGCACAGGAUGUUGCUCCAGUGGUGAUGUACCGCAGCGUGACCUCCUUCUUCAGCGGCUGCAGCGAAGCGAGGACUACGGGCUGUGAAAUGUAAAUGACCCCGACUUGCCCGUGUGUGAAGACCUUCUGUUACUUGAACCGAUUGCGACGAGCACAGAGUGUGCCAAAUCGUGCUGAAGCAAUCUUCAGGGAGCCUCUGCUACACUUCUGGCGUGUGUGCGUUUGCACACGGUCUCUGCACGUGGACCUCCCCCUGGCCAUGUCUCUCGGCUGUCAGUCAUCUUUCUGUUUUGCAUAUGCAACACACGCUGCCCCCCGGUCCGGCUCGGCGGCCUCGCUGCCGUCCAGCAUCCGUUCCACGUCGGGUAAACGUGGCAGGUGAGCUCGCACCCAGGGCCACGGCGCCAGCCUCAUCUGUUGUGGACACCGGAUGGCGGAUAUGAACUCGGCAGCCCGUCCACCCUGCUCCACUAGUGCCUUCACAGCUGGACCACAAGGACAAGUGAUCACUUUGGGCCUCUUUGUGUGUGUAACUCAUGCCGAACAGCAGUGACCCCCACGGUCACCCUCAUACAGGCAGCAGGCGCGCACACACACCCACACACACCCAUGUGUGUCUGAGAGCUCCUUUUACCAUUACAGCAAUGUCUGUCUGGAUCGCAAAUACAUCACCUUAUGACUGCAGGAGAGACACGGCAACCAUGUCUCUAAUUUCUGCUCUUAAUUUUAUUUAUUGUUAUUGUUAAUCAUCACUUUUAAAUUCCCAAAAAGCCCGUGUGGUUUUCUCGGUGACCUCGGAGUCAGAUGUCCUAGGGAAUCACAUACUGUAUGUAGCAGCUGCUUCUUGUCCAUCAAUCAGCUAAUCGAUGAGCCAAUCAGUCCGUCAGUCAGUCGGUUUAUGUCGGAACGACGCGAGGUAGACGAGGAAGAUCCUGGAAGAGAUCCUGGGGAUGUCGGAGUUUUCUCCUGAACUCUGUCGCCCCCUGCAGGUGACCGUGGCUCAGCCAGUCUUCCGGUAGUGAGGUGUGUGUGUGGGGGGGGGAGAGGCAAAUGUGUCCAUUGGCAUCAGGAUGCCCAGUCCAUCUCUGUGUCCUUACACAACGGGUGCGUGCGUCUCUCACGUGGGGCGACACUGUGCCGGUCAUCAUUGUGCAAAAUGAAGCACGUGCAUGAGGCUGGAGCGCCGGUACCUUGCGUGUUCAACCGGUGCCGUCACGUUUCAGUUCCGGCAGGAAGCCAGAGCUGCAGAGCAAACUGCUCAAUGCGUCGCUCUCCUUUUAAUGUUCUCCAUACGUGUUUCAACGCUUGGCCUUUGCUGUCUGCAGAAGAGAUGGGCAGUUGAGCGAGCGAGGGUGCAGCGUGCCGGAAGCACCGCCAGAUCAGCUCGACGUGUCGGUCGGAGAAGGCCGUGCUGAGCCGAGUCACGUGCUUGGACGCGUAUUUAUCCAGAAAUGAAUCUAUUGUUUUGAAAGUCUUAACGUUUUCUUUCGCGUGUAAAUAAUUUUGUUUGCUGCUUAUUCUAAAUUUUGCCACGUCUGAGCCGACAUCGCUCCUGCUGGGAUGGGUGUCCAUCUGAGUUUAGCUAGGAGGUCACUUGGGCAGGGUGUUGCGUGGCUGUCGGAGAGCGGCGCGGUGAGGGUGGCGGUGGUCGAAGCAGCUCAGGUUCGAGUGAAAGUGAUGGACUCCUAGUCUGGAGAGGGCAGCGCCAUAGAUUGUGAAACACAGAUGCCCCGCCAUACCUCUGGUGAUCAUGAGCUUUUUUUUGGUAUUAAUUUAGCCAUACGUGUUAUAACAUUCCAUUCAUGUAAAGAUGUAUGUACAGAAAUGUGAAAUUAAAAUGGCAAAAUCUUUUAAAAAGCUGCUGAGUAUUGAAUAAAUGUGACACGCUUUGUAAUGUGCUGAAUGGAAAAUGGGCGAGUGGGUUCGAGCACAGCUCAUCUGUGUGGGAUGUAUGUGCAGGCGGUCCUCAACUUGUAACAUUUCAUUCAGCAGAAAGGAGGAAGGUGCUGUGGGUCCUCACUGCACGCAGACACGCUCAGCAUCACAACAAAGGCCCCCCCCCAUGUGAGUUUCUCUACAAAAUAACAGCACUUCGGAAACUUUUUUUUUGGAGCCGCGCAGGAGUUGCCACGAAAAGUACGUGCGUGAUUAUCAUCAUUAGCUGGAGUAAACGGAACGCUGACGUUCACUAAAGUUACCGAAUGAAAUAGAAUACCGAGCGCUGCCAUUUACUAUAUGUUCAAAUUCUUAUGCAAGCACUGUUCGUGAAGCCGUUCAUCAAAAAGAGCACAAAUUAAGGGUCACUUUUAGUGCUAGUACAAUGUGAAGAAAUGAUCUUCACGAAAUGAAAAACAGGUUUUUCAAAGCGCCUAUAGUUUGUGUGCCUGGAAGCUUCUGCUGUCCUUCGCCUCUUCCAGAGCACUGAGAUGGUUAAUGAGUUCUAACAGUAGUUGGAGCCAUAAACAGUGUCUUCUCCCUGUGUACAGAGCCAUGUCAGUGUGUCCCCCCGCAGGUAACGGGCGAGCCCCUGCUGUCCUUUGCAGUCCCACACCCACCAUCAGGGGCAGCCCCAUAUUGGGUGCUCAAUGGCCAGCUUGAAGACAAUAGGUGAGUCAACCACGUACCGCGCGGUCAUCCAAGAUCUCGAUCCAGCUGAGCACUUUGACGAUUCGGGAGCAGCACCCGAGAUGGGAUUUUCCACCACCACAGAUGGAACCUCUAAAGGGAGAAUGCUGUCACAAGUGUCCAGCACAGUUCUGGAGAGCAGCUGAAUCUAUGCCAAAGAUGCAAUUUAGGGUAAGUACAUUGUUCAAUGUGGUGCGGCAGGCUUGGCUGAGUCCUGUUCUCUGG